UAACGGGGCCUGAAUGCGGCGGACCCGGUCGCCAGAGGCCGAGCGGCCUGCGGUGAGGGGGAAGUCUGCGGUCCCUGCUGUCAGAUGCAAUCUGCCAUCUUAAAUCCUCCAGCCAAUUUAACUCUUCCUGACAUUUCUAUGGUGCUUGCCUAAAUGUGAUCUGUUAGGCAUGCAAGGUGGAGGCAAGCUACAUUAACCAAAAUAGGAUAUAUCUAUUUAUUUAUUUUUUUGAAGAAUUUGUUUCAAACCUGAUAGUUAUCUUCCUCAGGGAAUUCUGAUUAUCCUUCAACCUUGUUUAUCAUUAUGGCUUUAUCUUUUAAACUGCUGGACGGUGUCUUUCUUUCUAGUAGGUGCCAUAGGCAAAAUGCCUUGCAUCCUUUGCUUGGACCUCUCCUCACUGAUUGCAUCUCAAAAUUGUACAGUAGCUAUAGGAGACCAGGGACAGCCCCUGAUAACACUCCACCUUGGAAGAUGAAUUUCAGCUUUGAGAAGGGAGUGGAUGGAAUUAAGAAACAUUUUGGCCUCCUAAAAAAGGAGUUGGUGGAUCACUGGAGAGGGCCUGAGGGCUAUCCUUUAGAUGAGUACUUGUUGGCACAGACUAGAGUGGUCUGGGAGUUUCGCAGCCAGAAAGAUUUAGAUGAGUGGGUGGUUUCUUCUGAUGCCGAGAUCGGAGGGAAAAGUGAAGCCUACCUAAAACUGAGUAAGAAUAAUCAGACUGCUCUGCUGUAUGGGACCCUCAAUACUGAAGCACCUCGAGAUGGGGAGACAGGAUACAGUGGAUAUUGUGCAAUGAGAUCCAAAAUGCCAAAGGGAGCAUUUGAAACUAAGAAGUAUUAUGAUUGGUCAAACUUUAAUAGUCUGUAUUUACGCAUUCGUGGUGAUGGUCGACCCUGGAUGAUAAACAUCUAUACAAACCCAUACUUCUCCCAUCAAAAGGAUGACCUGUACAAUUACUUCAUGUUCACCCGAGGGGGUCCAUAUUGGCAGGAAAUUAAGAUUCCAUUCUCCAAGUUCUUUCUCUCAAGUCGGGGGAGGAUCCAGGAUGAUCAGCACCCACUCUGGUUAGAUAAGAUUAGUACUGUUGGAUUCACAUUGGGAGACAAAGCAGAUGGCCCUUUCCAGCUGGAGAUAGACUUUAUUGGAUUGCUGAAUGACAGAGCUCACACAGAAGAAUUCGCCUAUGAAAAAUAUGAAAGAAAUCCCAAGGUCUAGAUGGACCUGCAGUCCUGUGGAACAUACUUCAGUAGCUCAUUUUAUUAAAUAUUUAUACAACACCA